AUGGACACGACUGGAACACUUGUCACUAGUGAUAAACCAGUUUCUGUCUUCGCCGGUAAUUCCUAUGGUGCAGUGCCUGUCAACGGCACAGGCUAUGGAUAUAUGGUUGAGCAAGUCCUACCAACCAGGUUUUAUGACUUCAAGUUCAUAGUUCCUGCAAAUAGCCCAGGCGACGACUACUACAUCCGCAUUUUCUCCAUUUAUGAUGACACGAGAGUGAACAUGUACAAUUCAACUACUCAUGACUCCCACUUCCUGAAAAGGCUUGAACAAUAUGAGCGCCAUUUCAUGGCGGAACCGACCGUGUUGCUAGCUGAUAAGCCCAUUUAUGUGAUGAUUUACUCAACUAGCAAUUUCAUGAUGACUGCGCAGGCCAUGUCACAGUUUCAGUCUGAGUAUGAAUUCACCCUUCAAGGCAGAUAUAAUCCUAACAUCAUUGCUGUAACUAUCAAGACAGCAGAAAUCAGUGAACUAUAUCUUGACGGCAACAAAGUUACCAUAGACAACCCCAAAGUCACCCAGGUCGCAUCCCCUCUGCAUGACUACAGUGUCCUAUACAUAUCAAUCACUGAAGCAACAAUUCACCGAAUCCAUCACUCUAGGCAGCGACAGUUUGGAGCAGUACUGUACGGUACAAAUCAGUAUGCGUACGGAAUGCCUCUUCAGAUGACGCUGACAGAUAUUGGUUAG